GAAUGUAUGCUUUAUAAAAUUAAUGUAUUGUUACCUUAAUAAAUGCGCGACUCUGGCAUUAAUUCUAUUGAUGUCUCGCAGACGAAAAGGGGUCACAUCAAUACAACCCUUUAGGUUUUCCUUUGAGUAAACUCCAAGGAAAAAUAUAUCUGUAUUAACUUUCUGCAAUUUGGAAGCGCUAUAGAAACCUCUGGAACUAUAUAAAAACCACAGAUAGGUUCAUGUUUCCCCAGAGUUUGAAAGGAGUGACCUGUGACACCUGACCGAUUACAUUGCUACGUUAGAGGGCCGCAGCUCGUCGCUGAUCUCAUACUGACACCCGGCAGCCGCGGGCUCAGCGCGAGGCUCUACACCAGGAAGUAGGCGCGCAGAAACAUUUCCGUGUCCUACUGUCAUGACGCAAGUUUAGGAUGACUGAUAGCGGUGUGGAAGAAAGGACGGUUGAGGUGUCUGGAAUACCCGCCUCUGUGGAGGAUGAGAUCCUGGGGCUGUAUUUUGAAAAUGCCCGGCGGUCCGGGGGAGGACCGCUCGCCUCCCUUCGCAGGAAGGGUGAUGCCGCUGUGCUUGUAUUCGAAGAUGCUGAAGUUGCUGCCAGGGUUUUAAGCCGAGGGCCACACAACCUGCAAAAUGCUACGCUUACUGUCCGAAAACCAGCUCCGAAGGAUCGUGGGAAGUUGCUGCUGCGUGGGAUUAAUCCUCAGAUAUCCAUGGAAGUCCUGGAGCUCUAUGUGGAAAAUGUGACGGGGGUGGGCAGUGAAGAUUACACCAUAUAUCUGUCUCCUGAGAGGGACAUAGCUCUAAUCCAGUUUCAGCGGCCUCUCUCGGAAACAGAGUUUAGCAGUUUGUGGGGGAAAGUCAGCAGAAAGCUCCUGGAUGGUGCACAGCUUAGUGCUGAGCUGAUCGAGCAGACCGAUUCGAUUCUGGUAGAGAACUUGCGCCCCACUACCAGUGAAGAUAUGCUCACACUGUACUUCGAGAAUAAGCGUGGAGGAGGUGAAGAGGUGAAGGACGUCAGCAUGUUAACAGAAGGAAUAGCUAAAGUCUCCUUUGAGGACUAUGAAGCUGUGAACCGUGUUAUUCAGAGGUCCCACAUGCUGGACGGCAACGAACUGAAAAUCCGGCCGUAUUUCGACUUCCUGCAGCCUAAGGAAAAACCAUCGUCCCCAGUUUGUGAGAAUGGAAAAGUGCAAUUGAAUGGCGACGCUGUUUUUCACUCCAACAGCUCAGAAAAUCCACAGACGAGCAGCCUUGGGCCGGCAGGUACAGCUGCUCCUGGGGUUUUGCUAAGUGAUGCUCUGGAGACCCCGCACAGCGACAUAUCAGCACCAGAGGUGCUACCAGCUGACCAGGCUGGGGAGGCACGUGCACCCAGCCCUCAGCUCUGCUCCAGCUGCGUCUCCCUGCCUGACCCUCUGAAACUCAGCCUGCUGCAGGACAGCCACCUCCUCCAGGACCUUCAGAACAGCCACUGUGACUUUAACAUUCAGAUAAUUGAUGACGCAGUUGAAAUCACUGGGCCCAGCCAGCUGGGAGUCGAACAGCUUAAAAACCAGAUCUUGGAGUCCUUCAGCAGUAUUGCACAGGCUCAUUUACCGUGUGAUGAACAAAAGGCCACAUUGCUUUCCAAGGUGGAAGUGAAGGAGAAGCUGAAGCAGAACCUGAAGCAGGAAGGGUUAUUAGCCAAGUACACCGUAUCGGACUGCGUCGUCGCAGUCGUGUCCCCGUCCCUGGACAUGGUUAAACAGGCCAGCAGUGUGAUCAAGUCUUUGAUCUGCAGCUUCACGAUCCCCGUAGCUCCGGAGUACGAGUGUAUGCUGUACUCCAAGGAGUGGACCAGCUUCCUGCUUUCCCUGGGGUGCUGCUGUGCCAGGGUGUCCAGCAGGGGAGACCAGAUUGAAGUCACGACUCUGAGGGGGAUGGAAGAAGAGAAGGAAAGCAGGAUCGUGGCAUUUCUCAGCACUCCCGUUCAGGUGGAGACUGUGAUCGCUAUGGAGCCUGGCAUGCUCAAGUACAUCCAGACUCACUGUCAUACACUGCUGGCUGACAUGGACCAGGUGACCAUAUUUCCCCUGGAAGAGGAGGAUGUCACUGGACUGAGGCUCCACGGCAACGCGAAUGCCUGCCAGAUUGCAGACGAGCUCCUCCGCAGCGUGGUGUCUUCGGUCUGCACCCGGACCAUAGUCCUGAACCGCCCCGGAGUGGCCCGCUUCCUUGUGCAGGAGGAGGCGGCCCGGAUCCUGGAAGAGAUGAAGACCAAAUUCCAGGUCUUCAUCAGCCUGGACAAAGUUCACUGGGAGCCGCUGGAUUCAGAGGAUAUAUUUGAGGUUGCAAAGAAAUUUGAGUCGCAGCCAAACUUUCAAAGGUUCCAGUCUGAGGGUGGCGACACCACUGCCCUCCCCCUGGCCCAGACUUUGCUGAGCACUGAUGUGAACGCCAAUGACCUGAACAGGCCUGACAGGGGUCUUUUAGAAGAGGCCAAAAGGCUGAUGUCAGUCAUUGACGAGACCUCAGGCGUGCCCGUGCCCACACCUGGCUUGAUCUGCAGAGGGAUGGAUCUGGCCACAGAAGAUUUGUACACUGACCGUGAGGCAACGUCCAGCUUGUCUGACAACGAAGGACAGGAGGACGACGGCAGUGCCGUCCUGGAGGGGGACGAACUGCGGCCGGCCCCUGAGGGACAGGCCCAGGAGGGGCUGGUGGUGGAAGACGAGCUGACCUACGCCACUCAGCUCUCCAUGCAGUCGGCCAUGACUCCCAGCGAUCUCGAGGAGGACGCCAUGCUUUCCUUGGCCAUCCAGUACUCCAUGGAAAGCAAGAGCAACGCCGUGGACGCAGAGGAUGAGCUGCUGAAGGUUCUGGAACUUUCCAAGAAAAUGGUGAAGCGGGAACCCCCCUCUGCAGACCCGGUGCUGGAGCAGGCCAUUCACAUGUCCCUCCAGGAUGCCAUCAAGGCGGCACACACCGCCGAGAUCCAAGUCUUCGCGGGCUACAGCUGCGACCUCAUCCGGGUGGACAUCGCCCUGGGGAAGAAGGUGGGGCUGAGGCAGUGCGAGGAGAAAGUGGAGCACAGGUGUCUCAAGAACUUGUCGGAGCAGCACAGGAAGUACGUGGACAUCAUCCAGAGAAAGCACGCCGUAGACAUCCAGAUUCAGGGAAGCACCGCCACAAUACAAGGCUUUAAAGACUACGUCUCUGAGGCGGUCCCUGACGUGAAAAGGCUAAUCAAGAAGAUCUCGGCCUCAGUGCCAGAUUCUGAUGUUUUACAGAGCGUGCAGUGGGUCUGGCACGAUGGGAAGUCAGAUUCCACACCUUAUCCCCCCAGCGCCAAUGUCUUUAUAGAGAAUGCCUGGAAAAUGAAGGAGAAAAGGAUUGAUAUUUUGUUCGAUAGCCAGCCUUACACCAUUGACUUUGGAAAGAUGGAGGAGUACAACAUUGUCACUGGGAAAUCAGUACGUAUUGCAAGGAAGUUACUGAGCGAUGUGGACUUGUAUUCAGAUCUGCCAGAAGAGGACCUGACUAAUCUCUCCAGCCUGCCUGACGCAACAGUGGUUUGUAAGGAAUCUGAUGAAUUCCAAGAUGUUGUCAGUGACUUCUACGACACCAUUAGAGAAUACCACAACAAAAUAAAGGUUGUAAAGGUUGAGAAACUCACGAACCGCCUGCUGUACAACCAGUACAAACUAAAAAAGGCUAGCAUGCUCCAAAGUGCUGCUGAUCCAGAAGUUGAAAGGACUCUGUACCACGGUACAAAUGAAACCAGUGUGAAGGAGAUCAGCAUUCAUGGCUUCAACAGGAGCUUCUGUGGAAAGAACGCCACUGUGUACGGACAAGGGGUUUAUUUUGCUGUCGACUCGGCCUUGUCAGUUCAGGACCAGUACUCUCCCCCAAACGCAGAUGGUCACAAAUUUGUGUUUGUGGCGAAGGUGUUGACGGGUGACUACACCAAGGGCAGGCAUGAAAUGAAGACCGCUCCGCUGAAAGAAAACACCGAGAUGCCCCUUCGAUACCACAGUGUGGUGGACACAAUGGACUCACCCAGCUUGUUUGUCAUUUUCAACGACACACAGGCCUAUCCUGAGUACCUGAUCACCUGUCAGAAAAUGUAAACUGUAAACAUACUGUAAAUGCGCUCUGCCAAAUUCUGUUUUUCAUCUGUUCCAGUGUAAGGUGUGAUUCUUAGCUCUUCUUCAUUCUUUAUUCUGUUAAGGGUUCUGUGAAAUACAUAUCUGUUAAUGCAUUUUUUACACAGAAACGACUAUGACAAGGUUAGGCAGGAGGAAACAUUAAACAUUUACUUUGGUGUUCUAGCGGUGAACAUUAAAUUGCUUAGUAGUAGAUCUACCAGUAGCUUUGCCAGACUUUGCAUGACAUUUUCUCAUUUCUCUCUUGUUGUAUCAAAUGUAUGCACUAGCAUCCAAAUGUGAUUGUACUCUUGAUGAACUUAAGAGGUUGAUUUAGCAUGAAAAGUUUCUUACAUUAUUUGAUACCAAUCAUGAAUCAUAACAAGACAUGAUGACAUUCAAUAUUGUAUGUGCAAAUAAGACCUUUGCCAAGCAUACUUAGAUAGAUAGAUAUAUCUUAAUGCAUGAUUUUGAAAUUUUGUUCAUACCCUUGAUCGUUGUGCACUGAACACUGCCUUGCCUUUGACAGCAUGAAAGAGAAAACGGAACUGUUCCUUUAGUCUUUUAAAAGAUUGUUAAAUGUAAGCUACUUGGCAGCUUCAUCAUGCAGGUCCUCUCCAGCUCCUCCAGUGUUGUGUGAGCUGUGUUCUUCACUUCAAAACAUAAAUGUUCCCCUAGAAACUGGGAUAACAGAAAAUCCAAACCAUGCAUGCAUCUCGGUGAUCUGUUAUCCAAUUGAAAAGGUCAUUUGUAAAGCUCUAAGGUCGAAGAGGUUAAUUUAUACUCUUCAUAAAAUGCAUGAUAUUCUCUUCAACAAUACUUUCUGUGCUAGUUCUACUGCUGUUUGAGCAAUCUAAUAAAUAGAUCUAGAAUUAUUUCCCUUGGGUAAGGGAUGCUGAAAGUACAGUUAUCAAAUACAGAAA